GGUACUUUCCUCUGGAUAUCAGAGUCCAUACGAGGAGCCACAGUCGUCAUUACUGGCUGCAGUUCCGGUAUCGGCGAAGAGAUGGUGUAUCAGUACGCUCGGCUGGGAGCAAAGAUCCUCAUCACAGCCAGGAGGGAGAACAGGCUGAAGGAGGUUGUGGCCAAGGCGAUGUCCCUGGGAGCCCAGGAGGCGCACUACGUGGCCGGGGACAUGGGGAAGGCGGAGGACUGUGAGAGAACCAUUCAAACAGCCAAGGAAAAGUUCGGAAGGUUGGACUACCUUGUCCUGAAUCACGCGGGCUCAAGUUUUGGACCAAUCAGCGAGAGGGUGACAAAGUUACAGACGUGGGACGAGGACCUAGACAUGGACUUCUACGUGGACUUCAUAAACGUCAACAUGAUCAGUUACGUCCGGUUGGCCUCCCUGGCCCUGCCUCUACUGAAGGAGAGCAGCGGACACAUCACAGUCAUGGGCUCCCUGGGAGGAAAGAUGACGUUCCCCUACUUUACGUACAUGAGUACGGCAAAGUUUGGGCUGGACGGGUUCUUCAGUUCCCUCCGUGUGGAGAUGAUGAAGACCAACAAGAACGUGACCGUCACCUACGCGGUGAUCGGAUUCGUGGCCACAGAAGGAUCGGUCAAAAUGGUCAAGAAACUGCCUGAUGGAGAGAAGAUGCUGGAAAGUGCAGCCCCAGUGAAUGAGACGGCCCAGGCCAUUAUCCGCGGAGGGGCGAUCCGUGCCAGGGAGAUCUACGUCCCCUCCUACACCUGGCUCAUCUCCAAAAUCAGACAGUUGCCCGACUGGCUGGAGGAUUAUAUAGUCCUAAAUCUUUAACGACUUUACAUAGUCUAUGGUGGUGUUAAGUGCGCAAAAACAAAUUCAUUAACAAGUCUAUUUAACUUUUAAGUGCAAAGACCACCAAGUCUCCUAUCUAAACAUAUAGAAAAUAUGAAAGAAACAGGCUGCCAAAUGCCACAUGCCUGAGGUUUAGUCCAUGAAAAACUCACAUUGGCAGCGUAGCCUAUUAUUUUAACAAAAUCAAAUUGCCAUGUUAACUUUUCAGUGGACUAACUCUCAUGGUCACCCUAUGUUUGCCGAAUUCUACAAUCCAUACCCCCAUAGCAAGCGGUGUACCGAAAGUGCGAAAAGGAACGAAAAGGAGCGAAAAGGAACGAAAAGGAACGAAAAGGAG